GUGCGAUAUACAGCUACGCAGGCACAAAAGCAACAACAACGUAGAAUUAGGCAAAGAAAAUGUAUUAAAAUUCGCAUAACUGAUUAACUUAAAACGCUUUGAUAAAAAUUAGUCAAUCCUUAACAUAAUCAUGGCAUCCGCUACGGUAAGAAAUGUGCCACUCCUCGAUGAUGACACGAUACCCUUUGGCGAGGAGGAUGAAAUGCGCGAUCCCAGUCGUGCGGGAGAAAAAUACACGCAUCCAUACGUCACCUUCUUUCACCUGUUCUUCCGGGGUGCAGCCAUCGUGAUCUAUAUGUUCUGUGGAUGGUUCAGUGACUCCUUCAUUACCAGCUUCGUGUUUGUGGUGCUGUUCCUCUCCGCCGACUUCUGGACGGUAAAGAACAUCUCUGGAAGACUUCUCGUUGGACUGCGCUGGUGGAAUUACGUGGAUGACGAUGGAGUGUCCCACUGGGUGUUCGAGUCGAAAAAUUCUGAAUCUUACCAGAGUCGCAUCAACAAGCACGAGCAGCGUAUUUUCUGGCUAGGACUGAUACUCUGCCCGGUUUUCUGGGGACUGUUCUUCCUGAUGGCCCUAUUUGGACUGAAAUUCAAAUGGCUGUUGCUGGUCAUGAUUGCCAUAGCCCUGAAUGCUGCAAAUCUAUAUGGGUACAUCAAGUGCAACUACGGUGCUGGGAAGGACCUGAACAGCGCCGCCACAGACUUUGUCAAGACACAGCUCUUCAAGAAUGCCAUGGACAUAAUGACCAAACCCAGUACCGGCCAGCCUCCGACAAAUGUGCGUCCAACGGGCAUAGUUUAAGCGUGGAAUGCUCCGUUGAAGUCAACUUGCCAACUUUUGCUGCAGCGCAUUCCAAAGAGUAAUUUGAUGCUAUCAUCCUGCAAGACGAACUAUCCUGGCGUGGCAUCCUCUGUGUGUGUACAUUUGUAUAACUUAAUUUAGCCAUACUGCACUUUACUAUUAUAACUUUUAUUACUUUUACUUUGAGUAAACUAAAUGCAUGUGUGUGAACUGGA